AUGGCUACAGUAUCGAUCCCUAAGCAGCAAAAGGCUGCGGUGAAAGCUGGCGAGGGACCUGAUUCCAAAGCCCCUGUCAAAGAGGUCGAUGUGCCAACUCCCGGACCUGGAGAAGUUCUUGUCAAGAUCAACUGGACCGGUCUUUGUGCUUCGGACAAAUCCUUGAUUAAGGAUGAGUGGGCUCCGUUUGGCGUCUCGAUGCAACCGGCGACAAGAGGCAUUGCUGGUCACGAGGGUGCUGGUGUGGUCGUUGCAGUUGGUGACGAUAUGCAUCAUCGGUGGAAGGUAGGAGAUCGUGCCGGUAUCAAAUGGGUCUGGAGUACUUGUGGCGAAUGCGAGUUUUGCACAAACGGCGUCGACGAACUUCAUUGUCCGAACCAGAAGAACUCGGGGUUUAGCCAGGCUGGGACAUUCCAACAAUACGCUCUGAGUGACGGACGUUACACCACUCGCAUCCCAGAAGGCGUGAGCGACGAGGAGGCCGGGCCGAUCAUGUGCGGAGGUGUCACAGCAUACACCGCUUGCAAGCGGAGCGCCGUGAAACCUGGGCAGUGGAUUGUGCUUCCGGGGGCGGGAGGUGGUCUUGGUCACUUUGCGGUACAAUAUGCCAAAGCUAUGGGUAUGAGAGUCAUUGCCAUCGAUGGCGGGGACGAGAAACGCGACCUUUGCAAACGGCUGGGCGCCGAAGAGUUUAUCGACUUCACAAAGACCCAGGAUAUUGCUGCCGAGGUCACGCGCAUUACCAAGUAUGGAGCCCAUGGUGUCAUUGUCACUGCGGCCACGAAGGAAGCCUAUGCCUCUGCACCUGGACUGCUUCGUCCAGGCGGUACAGUGGUUGCUGUUGGUCUGCCAAAGGAUCCGACCGUCCUCGCAGGGGCACCUCCUCUCAUGCUGUGUCUGAAGAAACUGAACAUUGUGGGGAGCGUCGUUGGUACACUGAAGGAGGUCGAAGAGGCACUGGACUUUACCGCUCGGGGAUUGGUUCGCCCUAUCCUCACGAAGGGAACCCUGGAGGACCUGGACAAGUACAUCGAUCUCAUGGUCGCCGGUAAGCUUGCAGGGAGAGCAGUGUUGAAGGUGUCGUGA